UUUUUUUGUACCUUGUUUUGUAUUUCGGGUAUUUUGAUGUCUGGAAAUAAAGGGGAAACGGAGCCCUGUGGUGCUUUGUGUCGGGCUGGGGCUGCCAGAGUCCCCCCACCAUAAUGUGGCUGUUGUGACACCCCCCACCCUCCCCUGCCCCCGGUCCCCCCAAAACCCCCUUGUGGAGCCCCAAAGGAGUGUGGCUGCACCACCCUGCCUCGCCCCGCCCACGGCAGGGGGGACCCAGGUGUCUGGGAGCCCUGUGGGUGCCCAGGGUGCGGGAUGGAGGGGCGGGAGGGUGGGGGGCUCCUGGAGACCUUGUGGGGAGCAGGCGCUGAGAGCAUCUCCUGCAUCGUGCGGAUUGGGAGCGCCCUGCUCCGGGGGUUUGUCCUCUGCCUGCUGGAGCAGGAGGGGGGGCUGCCCAGGCAGGUGCCCCCUGAGGAGCUUGGGGGUGAGGUGGGGGAAGAGACUGCUGUGGCCUCGCUGAGGGCGGCUGCCCUCUGUGUCUGGGGCCGCCUGAGUCAGGACCCCGAGAUGGACAGCCUGGUGGGGGCCCUGGCUGGCUGCCCACCCCUGGCUGCCCUAGCUGAGGUCUCCGAGCAGCUCUUCCAGGACGGCAUCAACUGGGGCCGGGUCGUUGUCUUCUUCUACUUCACCUACCGGGUGGUCCGGCAGGUCCCUGGAUGCCUGGGUUCUCUGGGCAGCCAUGGGUGGUGGAGGGGGAGUCCAACACCCGGACGCCUGGGUCCCCACAGGCACUGUGGGGUGACCACCCCCUCCGGACCAUCUUCGACUGGGCCGUAUCCUUCCUGCAGCAACGCCUCUCCGCCUGGAUCCAGCAGCAGGGGGGCUGGGACUCUAUCCUCAGCUACAGCCCCCCGCAGCUGAGCCAGGACCCCCGUGCCGUGGGGAGCCCCGAGAAGUAAAGGCUGAAGGGAGGAGCGGCCAACCACCCCCCCCCCCCCCCCCAAGUUCUCCUGAGUGCCCCCAGUUUCUGGAGCAGUGGAAACCCUGAGUCAGCACCUCUGUGGGGCUGAGUUCCUCUUUUAUGGCCCCUGGGGCUGAAUCAGCUCCUUUGCCCCCCCGUCAUAACCCCCGUUCAUUAAACUCCAAUAAAUGAGCGGUUGCAGCCUUGCCAACCGGGUCAGGACCAGAACUGACACCACCACCACCCCCCGCCCCCAGGUCUACUGACCCCCCCUGCCCCAGGUCUG